ACGUCAUCAAUGUUGGCGGUAUUUUGAAACGGAGGCAGCGUCUGUUUUUGCCCGUGUCGUGGAUUAAACUGAAUUUCAUGGAUAUGGCUGAGGUGGCAGCAUCCCAGCUGUCAGAGGCUGCUCAGGCAGAGCUGCUGGACAUGUGCGAGGACCAGUUCAGUUAUCUGGAAAAACUUCAGAAUGAGAUUAUUCUCUGCGAGCCAGAUUCCUGCCAGAAUCCACAGGACCAGUCGGUGAACAGACUGGUGGCAACAGAGGCUGAGCUGAAGCAGUGGCUGGCAGUGGAGCCAAAAUUGCUUGCAACAAAUCCUGAAAUUUUACUUCAAGCUGGAAAAGAGGAAAUGCUCAAGCUGUGCUCUGAACUGGAGAUGGUCGUUUCUUGUUGUGAAGCCAAGAAAGACAAACUGAGAGAGACCAAAGAGCUUGAACAGAAAUGGCUGGAGGAAAAGAAGCAAGUGCAUAUAGCUUUCAAGGAGCACGCUGUGCGGCUUAAAAUGGAAAAGGAGACGUUAUCAGAGCAUAACGUGCUGCAGGACACCAAGGCAAAAAUCCAGAAAAUGAAGGAUUACCAGGAAAGGCUGAUGGAGUCUCUGGGGGAUGUACUGGAGAAGCACGUGCCCCCCCCUCAGAAUGAAGCCAGCACAGGGAAAAAGAAGAACACGGCCCCCGAGGUAAAGGAGGACCUGGUGUCACUCUGUGAAAUCCUGGAGGUGCUCAUGAACAAGGCCCUGAACACGCCGCAUGACCCCUACGUCACACUGGACAGCACGUUCUGGCCUCCGUACGUGGAGAUGCUGCUGCGCUACGGCAUCGCCGUCAGACACCAGGAGAGCAACUUCAAGAUCCGGCUGGAAACCUUUUUCUAGCCACGUGCUGAGCUCAGCUUCUAACUCUUCCAUACUGUUCAUUCAGCCGUGUGAAGCAGCAAAACGUGUUGUUUUUCUGAGUUGCUCAUUUGGGUUUAAAAAGUUUUUAAAGUUUCAAGACACGUUUUUAAAGUUUAAAAAAAGUAUAAAGUUUGUCAGAUGUUUUUUACUGAAUGAGUAACCAUGAGUCUUAUUUUGAAAGAUUUUAGUUCUCAAAGUGUUAGCAUGUUAUUGUUUAUAAUUUGUUUUUUUUUUUCACUGAACCAUUUUUGCUGCGUCUGCAACAGGAAAUCAGAUUUUUACAGGAUCUGAAGCUACACAUGUAUGUUUUGAAAUUUGUGUUUUUUAUACUGUCUUGUUGUUUAACAAAUUUGGAAAAUUCAUAUAUAAUGUUGCAAUAUUAUCAUUCCACAAAGAAUUAUAGGUAGGAGAAGUUGAAUUGAUGUUUUUUGUAAAUACAAUAGAUGUGACUAAAUUACUUUAAUUUUGAUAAUUUAUGCUAACUGGAGGACGACUAACUCCUGUGAAUUGUGUAAAAGCCUGAAUAUUUGGAAAGGCUUCCCUUAUGAUAAACAAUGUUCUUCAAAAUUCAGAUUCCAACUUUUCUUAAUCGACUCAAGAGAUCAGGAUUGGUUCUUAUCUUGAUUUUUUUUUCUUUCCUUUUCACUUGAUUCAUUUAAAAUCAAGCCUGACUUAUGGUCUGUGUAAGCAGUAAGGGGUAUGUUCUGGAGCUAGAUCGAUUAUGGUGUGGAAAAAUGGCCGUAACAUCAUCAGGCCUACUUUCAAUGGGCGUAAUCAGAAAAAUGUCCAGAAGUCCUUCAGUGCAAUUAUCAGGCUGAACAGCUUUUUAACCUCAGCAAACUCUCUGUCGUACCUGAAGAUACGUUUGCAUAGUGAGAUUUGCAAGAAUCUGUUUAGGAAAGGCAAAUUACAAGGUGGGUCCAUUAUUUAUUCGCCUCAUUUUCACGUAAACAAGAACAAGAAAUUACAAUAUUUUUUAUCAAAAUAAUCUGACUUACAAAGGCAUAUUAAGUACAUAUACCCCUGUAACAGUUUAUGUAUAUUUGUUAGUUUUGCUUUACCUAAU